AUGUCUGCCAUGCCGCAUACCACAGAUAACCCAGCCAACCUGAGUGACUAUGAGUACCAAUACUUAGAAGAGGAGGAUUACAUCCAGUUUUUGAUUUGCACAAAGGAAAAUGUCAAGGCGUUUGGCAAGGUGUUCCUGCCAGUGCUCUAUACAAUAGUGUUUCUGCUUGGAUUGGCUGGGAACUGUCUACUCUUUGCCAUCUUGAUCAAAUAUACCAAGAACAAGAAGAUGACCGAGGUGUAUCUGCUGAAUCUGACCGUUUCAGACCUUCUUUUCGUGGUAACCCUUCCCUUCUGGGCCACAUACGCAGCUUCUCAGUGGGUGUUUGGGAAUGCCUUCUGCAAGAUCAUAAGUGUCAUCUACACCACCAACUUCUACAGUGGCAUCUUCUUCGUCAGCUGCAUGAGUCUGGACAAAUACCUGGAGAUUGUUCAUGCUUGGUCCAAUAAAAACUUAAGGGCCUCAAGAAAAAGCUUCCUUGUCUCUUCGGUGGUGUGGGUUAUUUCCAUAGUGCUGUCUAUUCCUGACUUUUUCUUCAUGGAGGUGCAGGAUCUCCACAAUGGGAGACGAGUUUGCCACCUCAACUAUGGCCUGCACAACUCCAUCUGGCGUCUUCUCUUUCAAUUUCAGCAAAUCCUGCUAGGCUUCUUCCUUCCAUUCCUUUGCAUGGUGUUCUUCUACUCCCGCGUAGCUUGUGUUCUCACUGCAUUAAUGUCUCCUGGCAAGAAGAGAGCUCUCUGCCUGGUCGUUAUUUUGGUGGUAGUUUUCUUUGUGCUGUGGUUCCCAUACAACAUUACCCUCUUUCUGCAUUUGUUGCAAAACCUCCAUGUGAUUAAGGGUUGUGAAACUAGCAAGCACUUGGACUAUGCUAUGCAAGUGACUGAGAGCCUUGCCUUUAUUCAUUGUUGCCUCAACCCCGUGCUGUACGCUUUUGUGAACAAACGGUUCAGGUUACACUUAAAGAAGAUUUUUGGGGCCAUCUUCAGGAGGCAGGAUUUCUUUGUUCUCCAGCUGUCUGAGACAAGUCGUUCUACUAGUAGGUGCCCUGACCAGGUAGAAAUGACAAGCAUCACGAAUGUGUAA